GGAUUUUUUUUAACAAAAAAGAGAGGCUUUACAUUACAAUUGUAUGGAGUUGUAUUCACUUGCUAUAUUUCUAGCAGCGUCGUUAUAUUUGCAGAUUUAUUCCUAUCUGUUUUUGAAGGCUGUGUAGGGGUAUACAAUAGAGGAGCGAAUCGCGCUAGAAUCUAUGCUCAGCUAUUAAUAUCGGGUCAAUUACGUCUAAGGCGCUUAACGCAUUCAGUGUUGUUAUGGAGAUGCGAAGCGUACAGUUUAGCACUAUGUAGUGUUAGUAUUUUAUUUGUGAGUCUUUGCUACGAAACUGUGUAUGUGAAUCGAAAGGAAACUUAACCCUAGAACAACCAUGUUUAAUGAAACAUUCAAGUCCUCCAGUAUCUUCUUGAAACUGAGUUUGAUUCCUGCAUUUCUGGGAUUUGUUAACCAUCUUGUUUCUUUCGCUUCCUCCAACUGGCGAGUGAUUGAAAGUCCAGUACCAUUACUGAAGAUCUACCCCCACGUAGAAAAUACCUAUUGUGGUCUCUGGAACUGUUUUUCAUGUUUGUCCAACAAUGCAAGGUGUGAGUCGGCAGUGUUUCCGCUAGAAGAUGCUAUCGUGGUCACAAGAGUAUUCGUUACAAUAGGACUUUUCUUGGGUUGUGGAACCUUGUCACUCACGCUGUUAUGCUUGUUCAUACGAGAGGUAGCGUCACAUGAUUUUGUACAUAUUGGAACGCUUUUGAUCAGCAUCUCAACAGGAGGCUGUGUUCUGAUCGGUGUAGUGGUUUAUGGCUCCUCUACUAGCGACCACGACUCGAAUCUACACGCAGAGCACAGUCUUCAUUGGUCCUAUUUUCUGUGUGCAGUGGCAUUUUUUAUGUAUUUUAUUAAUGGUUUGCUAUUGUUUUUAAAUGUACUUCGAAUAAAGACAUCAUAAAUUUGUGUUUAAAAAUGUAUUAUUGCUCUAGAUAUUUGCUUAUGUUUUCUAUCGCAAGGAUUUGAAAUUCCAUUAUCUAGAAUAAUAAUAGAUCUAGAUGUUUUAUAAAUAAACAUGUAUAUGAGUAAACAUGUUCAGU